AUGGCGUCUGCUGAUCUGAGACAGGAGCUGCACUGUUCCAUCUGCCUGAGCAUUUAUACAGAUCCUGUAACCCUGAGAUGUGGCCACAACUUCUGCCGGGUCUGUAUUGAUCGUGUGCUGGAUACACAGGAGGGGUGUGGAGUUUAUACCUGUCCUGAAUGCAGAGCAGAGUGUCAGGAGCGUCCUGCACUGAUACGGAACAUUCCUCUGUGUAACAUACUGGGGAGUUUCCUGUCUACUCGGCCAGAUCAGGAGGAGACUGGGAUCUUCUGCACUUACUGUAUUCACUCUCCUGUACCUGUUGCUAAAUCCUGUCUGCAUUGUGAGGCUCAUCUGUGUGAUAAUCACCUGAGAGUACACAGCAAGUCAGUAGAACACGUCUUCUGUGAUCCCACCACAGCCCUGGAGAACAGGAAAUGCUCCGUCCAUAAGGAGCUCUUCAAAUAUUAUUGCACUAAGGACGCUGCCUGUAUCUGUGUGUCCUGCUGUCUGAUCGGGAAACACAGAGGACAUCAGAUGGAGUCACUGGAUGAGGCCUCUGAGAAGAAGAAGAAGAAGCUGAGAAAUGUUCUGCAGAAACUGACCACAAAGAGAGCGGACACUGAGAAGAGAGUGCGGAGCCUGCAGGAGCGCAGGAGAGAAGAUCAGGGAACAGCAGCGGGUGUAACAGAGACAGUCACUGCCCUGUUUAGAGACAUCAGGAGACAGCUGGAAGACCUGGAGAGGAGAGUCCUGAGUGAGAUCUCCAGGCAGGAACAGCGCGUUUCACUCUCAGUCUCUGAUCUGAUCGGGCAGCUGGAAAUAAAGAAGGACGAGCUGUCCGGGAAGAUGCGUCACAUUGAGGAGCUGUGUAACAUGUCUGACCCAGUGACUGUCUUACAGGAACCAGACACAGGGAACUUGUGUUAUACUGAGGACACAGAGAGACAUGAUAACCAGGUCCGUGGUGCAGGAGAUCUGGAUGUGGGUCUCAUCUCAGGGAAAUUACAUAUAUUAUCGGAUAUAAUAACAGGGAUAAAUAGAGGGAUCUAUGUGCAGCAACCUACAGACAUAUUACUGGAUGUAACCACAGCUGCUAAUAAUAUACAGAUAUCAGGUGACAGGAAAACUGCAUCCAGGUCAGAUAUAAACCAGAACCGUCCAGUAACACCAGAGAGAUUUCAGUAUAAUCAGACCCAGAAGGAUCAGCUACGCAUAAGCUAAAUCCAGGAGAUUGGGUCUAUUUAAAGAGACAUGUGAGAAAGACCUUUGAACCAAGAUAUGAUGGUCCAUAUCAAGUGCUGCUAACCAUGUCUACCUUAAAUUAAGGUGAAAGGUCGUGACAUUUGGAUACACGCCUCGCACUCGAAGAAGUUGACAGUGACUCUCCAGCCAGAAGAAUGAAGUCGCUUAUCCUUUGGUUGUUGUUAGGGGUAAUCCCCAUGGUUUGGGCUAUAAGUUCAGGGGACUGGUUUACUGAAAGGGAGUGCCAUAAUGAUGGAACUUUCAAUAAGGGAGAACCAAAUUCCUGCUGGUGGAACUUUGAUGACCAGCGGUGGAAUUACUAUAAUCUAACUGUACAACCCUCUGUCUAUUUUUACUUUUAUAAAAAAGGUGGAGUUCUCAACUACAAGACACCAAAAAACAUGUCAGAAAAAGCUGUAAAGAGGUGGAGAGCAUGUAAAGCUCUUAAGAUUAUUAUAAAUGAGGGAAAAAUGUAUAAAAAAAGAAUUGGUGCAGAAAUACAUCUUUUUCUAUUGCCCAGUAAACGCACCACAUUUACACUGUCCCGUGGUACCAGAAUGAAAAUGAAAUGCUGUGAAGAGCCAUUCACUAACCCAAUAAGAAAUAAGGGGGUUGUUCAAGCUAUAUCGAGAUGUAUAAAUGGCUCUAAGGAACUACCUUUUAAUGCUGAAUUGUCCGCGCAGGACUACUCAAGCACAGUGAUUGUAUGUACUAACACAUCCAGUUUUCCUGGUAAUGCUACAGGACAUAGAUCAAAAUUUUAUAUUUUGCAGAAUAAGCCAGAAAUAAGAAAUGAAACUUUGAUUAAAAUACCAGCAACCUGUCAGAAAGUGGGUAUAAAGCAAUUUAGGAUACUACAUCAAUUUAAUAUUUCAUUCCCCAAAGGCCCUAAGUGUAACCGGAUAAAAAGAGAAUGGUAUGAUAUCCUGUUGGGAGGGGCAGGAACAACCAUGGGAGCACUAAAUUCCAUAGACAUAGAAACACUGACUAACAAAAUGAGUGAUGCAGGCAGUGAUAUGGAAGGAGUGGUUCACAUGCAGGCAAAAUGGAUGCCCACUGUCUUUAAUCCGAUUUUAAAGGUCAUCAAUUGGGAUCAUUCUUUUCUAACCUUGGUCAACAGUUCUUUUAUGAACACGUUAAAACUGACCAAAAACAUCUCUAGUAUGUUCAAGUGGACAGAGUGCUCCAUAAGAACUGUGUAUCAGGAGCAACAGAAAAAUCUAGCCCAGACCCAGUUAAUGACUGGGAACAUACCAGUUUAUAGAAAAAUGUUUAAUAUAGCAUAUGAAUUAUGGGUUAGGCUAUAUGGACAUGAGGUUUAUUGCACAGACAGGUGGUGUUGGGGCCAAAUAGAAACCUACAACAUAACAAAGCCUAAGAUCAUGUGUAAAUACUUCAUUUUAGCAGUACUCUUCACCACAAAAGCAGGUAACUCAGAUUUAUGGACACCUCAGUUCAGAGGGCAGUAUAUUGAUCCAGACAACAAAACUCAUGACCUAUCCCUAUGCACUAGCACUGAUAAUGGCCUGGCAUGUCCUCAUACUACAUACAUACCAGAAUCAUGUCAGCUUAAGAACCCUACUAGUGUUUGUAAUUGGGAGUUGCAUGAUCCAAAAGAUGACAUCUUCAUAGAAGUGGCACCACAAAUAGUUUGUAUGAUUACAUAUGACAAACAGAUCAGUCAGCUAUAUCAGCUACCAAACCCUUUUUCAGGAUGCCUGUUCAAUGUAACUCAUUUAAUAUGGAAAAAUCAGACCAUUGUUUUCUAUAAGGAUCAAACUGACUACCUAGAUCAGGCUUUUAAGCCAUUAACUCUGUCCCCCCAUAACAUAACUGUAAGCAUACAGGAUAUCAUUAACAUAAUCAACAAUACAGAAAAAUUGGAAGAGCACCUAAGGAAAGUUAAUUACUCUACAAGGCAUGCACAAAUGCAAACAAUAAUAGAGGCUGGGGAAUUAAAACACAUGGCCACACAGCUAAAAAACAAUCUACAGCAUCACUGGUGGGAUAUUUUCACAGGAAAAUCCCCAUCGGUUACAGGAUUAAUGAAAACUGUCCUACACCCACUACUAGCAAUGGUCAUAAUAUUAAUAGGGCUGGUUGCUUGGAAUUGUUAUCUUUCCUGCAAAUUCCGGAAACAUGUAAAAAAAAUGGACGCGAUCAGGAAUGCCCAAAAGAUUCUUCUGUAACAUAGGGAGAAAAAGUAGAAUCAAAAAGAGGGGAAAUGGUGGUGUAAAGGCUUUCUUAGUAUAAGCAAAUAUAUAUAUAUAUAUUGAUUCAAGCUUUUUCACAUUAACUAAGAUAUUUACUGCUCCUCACUAAUAUAGGUUCGUGUUUCCUUAAAAGCUUCACAGAUAUAUUAUAAGCAACAUUGUAUUUCAAAGCAUGAAUUACUCAUUGUUAUAACGCCAGAUGUAUCCAAGGCCAGUCAAGCAUAUCGCCAAAAGUUCUGAACAUCGAGGAGGAUUUUGACCUGUCCUGACCUCCAGAAAGGAUGUUCCGGGAAAGCUGAUAAUCGCAAAGCAAUAAAUAUAUUUUAAUUGCAAAUUAUAAUCUUGUUUGACAAAUGACGUGUUUCAGUUUUCCAGACAUACAUGGUGUAUUCUGAUUGGCUAAUUGUAUUGGCACACAUGAAUCCUUUGUUCUUUCACUAUAAAAUAAAGCUUAUAUGGCCCCUAAGACAGAUCAACUAUGAACUGCUUAGGUUACACAAUGA